AUUGUUCAGUCUUUUGUAAACAUCACAACCGCCAUACUGCUUUACAGAAAUCUUUAAUUGAUAUCUCGUGCAGGCCUGUUGUACUACUUGACAUCUAGACGGCAACUUGUCCAAGCUUCUAAGCUUGCUGUGCGCAAGGACUGAGUUGCGAAGAUGAAUGGCGGCGAGUCCUAUGGCGGUGGCCGAGAACGACACGGCUCAGGUCGCGAUUAUAAACCGCGCGGAGACCGUGACGACCGCCGCGACCGACGUCGCCGAUCUAGAUCUCCCAGACACGGAGGGUCAGGUGGAGGAUCGCGCAGAGACUACGAGGUAGAUACGUACUCUUCAAGUCGCGACUACAGGGAGCGUGAACGCGAGGACAGGUACGCAGGUCGUAGCGACAACAGGCGCGAGGAAAGAGGCGGUUGGGGUGGUGGCCGUGACAAUCGAGGAAGCAGACGCGAUGAUGGCGAUCGUCCUCCACGUCGCGAUCGUGGUGAUUUGUUCGAUGAUAGAGGCGGAAGAGGCAGAAGAGAACGUGGUGGCGGUCACGAACGAGCCGAGCAACGACCUCGUAGUGCCAGCCCGCCCCCGAAGAGAAAGGAGCCUACACCAGAUCUGACUGACAUCGUACCGAUCCUUGAGCGCAAGAGAAGAUUGACUCAAUGGGACAUUAAGCCUCAGGGUUAUGAGAAUGUCACCGCGGAGCAAGCGAAGCUAUCUGGAAUGUUCCCUCUGCCAGGCGCACCGCGUCAACAACCUAUGGACCCAAGUCGUUUGCAAGCCUUCAUAAACCAACCGUCCGGCUCCGCCACGUCAUCUUCGCUGAGACCAUCCAACGCGCGACAAGCAAAGCGAUUGUUCGUGUACAACAUCCCUGCAUCAGCGACUGAUGAAUCGAUUGCAGAGUUCUUCAAUCUCCAACUCAAUGGCCUGAACGUCAUACAAGGAACCGAUCCUUGUGUCAAUGUAGCCAUUGAACCUAGCCGACAAUUCGCAUUAUUGGAAUUUCGCAACACCGAAGAUGCUACGAUGGCACUAGCACUUGACGGCAUCUCGAUGGAACCAGACGCUAUGGAUACUAGCAAUGGCGCGUCCAAUGGCAAGCCUUCAGGCCUGAGAAUCUCUCGUCCGAAAGAUUACAUUGCGCCAGCACCGGACGCGGAUGAGGAACCGCCCCAGGAAGGUGUCAUAUCCAAUGUUGUCAAGGACAGCGCCAACAAGAUUCUUAUCACGAACAUUCCUGUCUACCUUAGUGACGAUCAAGUCACCGAGCUUCUCGCUGCCUUUGGUGUCCUCAAAGCAUUCACUCUUGUCAAAGAUACAGGCACAGAGCAGUCGCGAGGUAUCGCCUUUUGCGAUUAUGUCGACCCACAAGCCACCGAUGUCGCCGUCGAGGGCCUCAACGGCAUGGAGCUUGGCGAUGCACAACUCAAGGUACAGCGAGCUAGCAUUGGUAUCACGCAAGCAUCUGGUCUUGAGAUGGGUGUCAACGCCAUGUCAAUGCUCGCCGGGACUACCUCCUCUGAGCUUGAGCAAGGUCGUGUCUUGCAAUUAUUGAACAUGGUGACGGCUGAAGAGCUCAUGGAUAACGAUGAAUACAAGGAAAUCGUUGAAGAUGUCAAGGAUGAAUGCAGCAAGUACGGUCCCGUGCUGGACAUCAAAGUCCCUCGCCCAAGUGGUGCUCGUCAAAACCCCGGUGUUGGUAAAAUCUUCGUCAAGUUUGACAAGCCAGAAAGCGCACAGAAAGCUCUUGCGGCGCUCGCAGGCAGGAAAUUUGCAGACAGAACUGUUGUGGUGACGUUCUUCGGAGAGGAGUACUUCGACAUCAACGCCUGGUAGAGCUGCCGUCAUCCCGGAUUCGAUGGAUCUUGAUGAACUCUACGUCUCCUGCCUUCCCCCCCCCCCUGUUUUCCGUUUCCAUCCAAAUGUCCUCCUCCUUCGUCUCAUUCAAAUGGUUUUGUCGGGAAAGGCGAGGAGGGGUCCCUCUCCGUUACGUGUAGUUAAAUAUUUGUUGUCAUUUGGAAAAUCAAACUUCCAAGGAUCACGGGGCCUUUGUAUUUGUAUCGCGUGCACUUGAAAAACAGUUCGGUGGCGGACAAAGAAAAGUUUCCAGUCGAAUGCCAUAAUAAGUCGCGUCUGUGCUUUUUUUUGACUGAACGCUUGGUCCUUUCUUUCACCAUCUGAUCGGGUCUUAGUCGUCACUUUUCUGAA